CUGACCAUGCUGCUCAGAUUGAGGUCGAAAGACGGAAACUUUCGCCUGGAGUUCCAGCCUACGGCGAACAUCUCAGAACUUCUUGCAAAAAUCCUAGAAACAGCACCGGAUGCAGAUUCUUCAACUAUAACAAUCUCGAACCAGCCGCGGGGGAAUGAAGUGCUCAUCUCGACGCUCAGUGGGCAGAAUCUGCAAUCACUCGGUCUCAAACAUGGGGACCUGAUCUUCGUGGGCUACAAGGCACAAGCUGCGCCAGAAGCACCCGCAGCCACAACAAGUGCUGCCGCAGCGCCUACAGAAGGCCAGGACCCUUCGAAGCGUCCUUGGGAAGGCGUAGAGGAGGACGCUGUCGAUCGGUACUGGCGCUCGCAGGAAGGCAAGAUCCCGCGAGGGCGCGAUUCGCGUUUCUGCAAGCACGGCGCAAACGCGAUGUGCGACUAUUGCAUGCCUCUAGAACCCUACGAUGCCGCCUACCAUACGGAGCACAGUAUCAAGCAUCUCUCGUACCACGCCUACCUCCGCAAGAUUACGCCGAAGGCUUCCUCUUCCGCUUCUGUUACGUCCAUCCUGCCUCCCCUCAACCCGCCCUCAUACAAGGUGAAGGAGCCCUGUCCAACCGGCGGACACCCGCCAUGGCCUGCGGGAAUCUGUACCGCAUGCCAGCCCUCCGCCAUUACGUUACAGAGCCAGCCCUUCCGCAUGGUCGACCACCUCGAAAUCGCCUCCCCCGACAUCAUCGACCGCUUCCUGCAGGCCUGGCGCCUGACCGGCCUGCAGCGCUUCGGCUGGCUCAUCGGGCACUACGAGCCCUACCCGGACGUGCCGAUGGGCAUCAAGGCCGUCGUCGAGGCGAUCCACGAGCCCCCGCAGGAGGGCGAGAUCGACGGGCUCUCGCUCGGGCUGCCCUGGGAGGACGAGCCGCGGAUCCGCGCGCUCGCCGCGCAGGCGGCGACCCCGCUGCAGAUCGUCGGGUACAUCUUCACGGACCUCGUGCCGACGGAGGAGGACCGGACGAAGCUCAAGUACAAGCGCCAUCCGCAGUCGUUCUUCCUCUCGUCGCUCGAGGUGCUGUUCGCGGCGCACGUGCAGAGCGCGAACCCGACGCCGUCGCGCUCGUCGUUUACGGGCGCAUUUGGCUCGCGCAUGGUGACUGCGGUGCUCACGGGCACGGAGGAGGGCGGGAUCGACGUGUCUGCGUACCAGGUUUCGGAGCAGGCGUGUGCGAUGCUCGACGCGGAUAUGAUCGAGGCGAGCGUGGACCCGAACAUCAUGCGUGUCAAGGAGGAGGAUCGUGAAGAGGGCUCGGCGCGCUAUGUGCCAGACGUGUUCUUCAGGUAUAAGAACGAGUACGGGCUGGACGUGCAGAAGAACGCGAAGCCGUGUUUCCCUCUUGAAUACCUUCUCGUCAACGUCUCGCAUGGUUUCCCCCAGAAUCCAGCACCGGUAUUCCAAUCGGUGAAGUACAAGAUCGAGAACCGACCAGGGCUGGAGGACCAGAGCAUAGAGAACGUUCUCCACCAGCUCGCCGAGAUCGAGGCGUACGACGUUCACGUGAGCGCGCAGGGCGGCGACUCACAAAAACGACAAGCACUGGCGAAGUUCAUCAGCGACUGGCACUUGAUCGCGUUCCUCGGUACCACCGGCCUCAUCAACCAGAAUGAUUUGCAAGUGCUCAUCCGAGUAGCUACGGCUCCACAUGAGGAGAAGCCGACUGUGUUGGACGAGGUGCUGCAGACCGAGGGUUGGUUGACGCUCAUGACGUUUGCCCGGGAGGUCGCACCAAAACGGCCGUCUGGUGCAACACUAUCGUCCGGCUCGCAUGCACCUAUGGACACGGACAUACCGCCCGAGGUCUUCGACCAGAUCGCGCGCGCAGAAGCGGGCGGCAGCAGCAGCGCCGGUGGCAUUCGCAUCUGUCCGCACUGUACUUUUGAGAACACGCACGGAGGCAGCGACUGCGAGGUAUGCGGACUGCCGCUGGCAUGAGAGGCGAUUGGAGAACAAUGGUGAUGAAUUACGACAACUGUACUACAAAUACAUGAUCGGGUUCUGCACAUGUGUACAUCUACAGACAAGACCAAUUGCACGCUCCUAAG